AAAGUCACAUUUUGUGGUUGAAUUUUGUUUUGUUUUUGGCUAGUGAGUACAGGUAUCCACCUUAUUAAAGAUAACUUCAGUUUUGGAAAGUUUUUAUUUUAAUCACUCAGCAAUUAUGAUCCUACAAAGAUCAUCAUUGGCCUAAAACAGCAGGGGCCGUCCUGGAAGUUGAUCUCUGUUUACAGAGCAAAGCAGGGACAGGGUGAGAGGUAAAAUGUAAAACUAUUAAAAUUCACUUUGUUUUCAAGGAGCAAAUUGGUGACAAGAAAGGGUAACGAAUUUGCAUAAGCCUUGCCUGCCUUAGGAUUCAUUCCAUUUUGAAGGCGAAUUUGGCGUCCUGGUUCAAAAACUCUUUAUUAUUCUCUGGAAUCAGUUACCUUAUACCUUUCUAGUGUUACCUAGAACUCUUAUUUGUGUCACUAGCAUUUGCCUUACGGUCUUAAUUCUCUUUAUUCUUAAGCAUAUGUAAUUUUAUCUUUAGCAAGUAGUUUUUUAGGAAAAACUAGAGUGAAUUUUGUCAUGGACGUAAGGGCUGUCUUUUUUGGUGGUGGUGGGGAAUGUUUUGUAUUUUCUCCAGUGUUCUUAGAAAUGAUGUUGCCUUUUGAAGCCUUACAGUUUUACUUUUUAUAGCCUCUACCGGAUUUACCCUAAGUAAUUUGGGCGGAACAACAACUACAACUACUACCCCAUCAACAAGCCUUUCCUUAGGGGGAGCCUUAGCUGGUUUGGGAAGUUCACUUUUCCAGAGUUCAAUACAGCCACAUCAGGACUUGGACAGAAUGCUUUAGGCUUGACUUUGGGAACCACAGCAGCUACUUCAGCUGCAGGCAAUGAAGGUCUUGGUAUAGAUUUUAGUACCUCAUCAGAUGAAAAGAGAAAUUUGUGAAGGAACAGAAACAGGUACAAGAAGAAAUUAGUAGAAUGUCUUCAAAAGCCAUGCUUAAAGUACAAGAAGAUAUUAAAGCUCUGAAGCAGCUUCUGUCACUGGCUGCCAGUGGAUUACAGAGGAACACCCUCAAUACUGACAAGUUGAAAAUAGAAACUGCUCAGCUUGAAGUCUUUCUCUCAUCGUCUCCUCCUGGCUAGUUGUUCCGUCUCUGUGUGCGCAGCUCCCCAUCUGUUUAAAGAUGUCCUGGAGCUUCUCAUCGGAGACUUGCCCUAGAAAGGAGGAAACCUGAUAAAGCUCAGACAGUGAUUGAGAAUGAAAAUGGAACCACUGUAAUAGAUCUUCCAGGUACUUUAUCCCUCGAAACGGACUGUUCAGGGACAGGCACAGACCCUGCUGAGCACAGCUUGAUGUCAGCGUCUCUGCCCGCGUGGCCUGAGGAGCCUGGCCCAGACAAUCCCGCCUUCGAGGAGACGCGACCACUCACAGAACUAGCAUUGUGGGCGGCAAUGAAAUGCCACUGAUCAACAUUGUUAUCCAGGAAGUCUAUCGGGAUGGGGUGAUCGCCAAAGAUGGAAGACUUCUUGCUGGAGACCAGAUUCUUCAGGUCAACAACUGUAACAUCAGCAAUGUGUCUCAGAACUCUGUCAGAGCCGCUCUUUGCCAGCCCUGAGUUAGGUACCACACUGCACCUGACCGUGCUGCGAGAGCGGCGCUUUGUGAACUGGACCUACAGCCACUUUGACUGUAGCUCUCCCCGGGAAGAGGUCUUCCACGUAGUCUUUCACAAAUGGGACUCUGGUGAACAACUUGGCAUUAAACUCAUUCGAAGGACCGAUGAACCAGGUGUUUUUAUCCUUGAUCUGUUGGAAGAGGGCCUGGCUGCACACGAUGGAAGGCUAAGCAGCAAUGACCGAGUGCUCGCCAUCAAUGGACAUGACCUGAAGCACAAAACGCCUGAGCUUGCCGCCCAGAUCAUUCAGGCUAGUGGCAAGAGGGUGGAUUUAAGAAUUGCUAGGCUGGGGAAAUCCCAGCCUGGUAACCCUGUCCGAGACGCAGGGGCUCGGAGUACCAGCCAGCACCAUGCACAGCCGCUGUACCACAACAGAUCCAGCUCACACAAGCUUUCCGUGAAGGUUGUGAAGAUCAGUUUGCACCCGUUUCAUGACCGAGCAUUCUCAUGAGUAAGAAACAGAAGAUAGAUCUAUAGCUUUUUUCUGGCAGUUAACAAAAUCCGCACUUUACUUUUGUACUAUUCUGUCACCAUUGCUUUCAGAGAAUAGAGGAGAGAGAGAAAAAUAAAAUUAAUUAGCUUGUCUUCAGAAUCUUAAAACUCAAAUGCAUUAUUUACUUUUGUAGAAUUGGCCCUAUUUUGACUUCCAUAUGUCAACAGUCCUGAGUUUUUUCUGUUCCAUACAUAGUCAUAUGAAAAUACAGCCGUCCAAAGUGUGACAUGGUGAU